UGACAUAGGUACUGAUAAGAAUUAUGUAUGUGAAGCAGAUAAGGAGUUUGAAGUUCCAAUAACGUAGUUCAAAAUUCUAUAAAUUUGGUUUCUGUUGAGUGAUCCUCGGUGUAUGCAUUUCAUAUUAUUUAUUACUAAUUGCUCAAGUAGUGAAGGAAAUUUGAGAGAUGUGGAUGCAGUGAAAGUUCGGCGUGCAAGAAUAGGAACAGUGCUUCGUUUAGUACGAAAGGGGCUGAAAGCGUAGUACGCACGCGUCGCCUUACGUGAAUUAAAACGAAAUUGUUAUACGAAUUAACAAUUGCUAUCGUCCGAGUGGGCUAUUCAAAUUAUUUAAACAAUAAGUACCUAGUGUAGGUAUUUUUAUGCACCAAGCACUGAUUGCUUUCGAUUAUGGAAAACGAAGGAAUCUGCUUAGUUAACAAGUUAGCUCUGAUUUGUACUUUUAUAGUGGGUUUUCAAAUUGUUCGGUUUCUGUUUACCUACAUUUAUAAUAAUUUUUUGGCAACUGCCCUCCAAAUCAAUGCUGUCAAUCUUAAAGAUGCUGGAAAAUGGGCUGUUGUAACGGGUGCUACAGAUGGUAUUGGAAAAGCUUAUGCUGAAAUUUUAGCCAAAAAAGGAUUGAAUGUCGUCCUUAUCAGCAGGACACAAUCGAAACUUGAAGCAGUAGCCAAAGAAUUAGGUCAGAAAUACAGUGAAGUAGAAUUUAAAACGCUGGUAGCAGAUUUCACAGAUACACAACAAAUAUACCAUGACCUAGACAAACAAUUGAACGGUAUGGAUAUCGGUGUUCUAAUAAACAACGUUGGAAUGAGCUACAACCAUCCAGAAUACUUCUUAGACGUGAAAAAUAAAGAUGAGUUCUUUACAAAUUUAAUAAACUGCAAUAUAUUCUCAGUAACAAAUAUGUGUAAAAUAAUAAUGCCUGGAAUGGCUGAACGUCGACGAGGUGUAGUUGUUAACAUCUCGUCUACAGCAGCUCAGAUUCCCAGUCCUUUACUUUCUGUUUAUGCAGCAUCCAAAGCCUAUGUUGCUAAGUUUUCUGAAGAUUUAGGAUACGAAUAUAAUAAGUUUGGCAUCACUGUUCAGUGCCUUUUACCUGGUUAUGUAGCUACUAAUAUGUCUAUGAUAAGAAAAGCCACGUGGAUGGCGCCCUCGCCGCUUACUUACGUCCAAGAAGCUGUCAAAACCAUUGGGGUUGUAGAAUCAACUACAGGAUACUACCCGCAUAGUGUGUUAGUAGACACGAUCAAUGUGCUGAAAAGUAUUUCUCCUAGAUUGUCUAGGUGGAUUGUUUUUAGGACUAUAGCUAAUGUCAGGGCUAGGGCUCUAAGAAGAGCCGUACAUUAAGUUUUGUAGAAAUUAUUUAAAUUGUUUUAUUUGAUAAAUAUUUUAUACAUGUUCUAAAUAGGCAAGUUUUAAUUUAUUAGCUCCGAUUAGGUGCCUGCACCAAAUUUUAACCUGAUUUAAGAGCUGAUGAUCGAGGAAAAAAUAUUUUUACAAAAGUACCUAUUUCAGGGGUUUCCUUAAAAAUAUUGACCGCCUAACUACACUACUUCGACUAUUUUGUACUUGUGAAUCAAGCUAAAUUGAUUUUUGUUUGCUAAAAAGUAAUUAAUUAUACAUUGUUUAAAGGUUUUAUACAAGUCAGUUAAAGUUAUUGUU